UACGUCCAAGGAGACAUGUCAUCUUCAGAUGAAGAAACCCUCAGUGAGAGAUCAUACCGGAGUGAGAGGUCAUGUCGGAGUGAGAGAUCUGGCAGUUUGUCUCCUUGUCCUGCAGGUGACACUCUCCCCUGGAAUUUGCCACGUCAUGAACAGAAGAAGAGGCAAAGCAAGGACUCGGUUUUGGAUCCUGCGGAGAGAGCUGUGGUCAGAGUGGCAGAUGAACGAGACAGAGUACAAAAGAAAACCUUUACCAAAUGGGUCAACAAGCAUCUCAUCAAGGUUCGCAAGCACAUCAAUGAUCUUUAUGAGGACCUGCGGGAUGGGCACAAUCUUAUCUCCCUUCUGGAAGUCCUGUCCGGUGUCAGACUUCCCAGGGAGAAGGGCCGAAUGCGUUUCCACCGGCUGCAAAAUGUGCAGAUUGCGCUGGACUUCCUCAAGCAACGUCAGGUGAAAUUGGUUAAUAUCCGAAAUGAUGACAUCACUGAUGGCAACCCAAAAUUGACCCUUGGAUUGAUAUGGACUAUAAUCCUGCAUUUUCAGAUCUCUGAUAUUUAUGUCAGCGGAGAAUCAGGAGAUAUGUCUGCCAAGGAAAAGCUGCUCCUAUGGACGCAGAAGGUGACGGCAGGAUACAUUGGGGUGAAAUGCACCAACUUUUCUUCUUGCUGGAGUGAUGGCAAGAUGUUUAAUGCCAUUAUUCACCGCUACAGACCUGACCUGGUAGACAUGCAGAAAGUGGAAAUUCAGAGCAACCGGGAAAACCUAGAGCAGGCGUUUGAGAUAGCAGAGAGUCUGGGGGUCACCCGAUUAUUAGAUGCUGAAGAUGUGGAUGUGAGUUCUCCUGAUGAAAAGUCUGUGAUCACGUAUGUGUCUUCUAUAUAUGAUGCCUUCCCUAAAGUCCCAGAAGGAGGAGAAGGGGUCAGUGCCACUGAAAUAGACUCCAAUUGGUUGGAGUAUCAGGAGAGAGUAAUGUCCAUUACACAGUGGAUCCGCCAGCAUGUACUUCUGAUGUCUGACAAAUCAUUUCCACAGAAUCCUGUGGAGUUAAAGGCACUUUAUAAUCAGUAUGUACAUGUAAAAGAAACUGAAAUUCCAGCAAAAGAACAGGAAAAGGCACAGAUUCAGAAAUUAUAUCAGAUGUUACAGCCCUGGAUUGAGUUUGGUCGUAUCAAACUCCCUUCCUCCUUUCAUCCCAAUGAUGUGGAGGAACAGUGGGGGAAGCUUAUACUAUCCAUGAUAGAGAGGGAGAAGGUUCUUCGGCCUGCUGUGGAGAGGCUUGAGCUGCUCCUACAAAUCGCAAACAGGAUUCAGAAUGGCUGUCUGAGCUGUGAAGAGAAGCUGACACUAGCAAGGAAUACACUGCAGUCUGAUGCAGAUAAUGUAGAGUGUGGGCAAAGCACUCAACAAGAGAUUGAAGUGUUACAGUUCCUUCAGGAAAGUGAGAGUCUUCUCCGUCAACUGCAGGCAGAUGUUCAGAUUCUGAGAGAUGAAAAGUACUUCCAGGUGGAUGAACUUGCCUUCAGAGUUCUGCGGAUUCAGGAUGAGCUUCUGACACUGAGACUGGAAUACUCCAACCUGUACAGGAAAGGGAACUUCAUUGGCUCAGACCUACAAACCUCUGUGUCUCUGAACACAUCUCACCCGCAAGGUUUUCAAACAUCAGCUACUUCUUCCAUGUCUUGGUUUCGGAAACCAAUGAGUCGGUCAGAGCUGCUUGCUCUGUCCUCAUCAGAAGAUGAAGGCAGCCUCAGAUUUGUUUAUGAGCUCCUUGCCUGGGUGGAAGAAAUGCAGUUAAAACUGGAACGUGCAGAAUGGGGCAACGAUCUUCCAAGUGUGGAGACUCAACUGGAAAAUCAACGCCAAGUACACACCAGCGUGGAGGAGUUGUCCUCAAGUUUGCGAGAGGCAAGGAGUUAUGAGGUUAAAAUGUCUCCUAAUUUUCGCAGCAGCUAUAGAGAGACUUUAAACAAGCUGGAAAUACAGUACUGCAAACUAAGGGAAACUUCAAGCUUCCGAUUGCGCCACUUAGAGAGCCUUCAUAAUUUUGUGUCUCGAGCUACAGCACAGAUCAUCUGGUUGAAUGAGAAGGAAGAGGAUGAGCUUGCUUAUGAUUGGAGUGAUGGAAAUUCCAGCAUGGAGAUGAAGAAGGAUUCCUUUUCUCAACUUAAACUGGAACUAGACCAGAAGCAUGAUGUCAUUCAGUCCUUGCAGGAAACGGCUGAAUUGUUGUCACUAGAAAACCAUCCAGCCAAACAAACCGUAGAGGCAUAUAGUGCUGCGGUUGUCUCUCAAUGGCAAUGGGUACAACAAUUAUAUCUUUGUGUCGAUCAGCAUUUAAAGGAAAAUUCUGCAUAUUUCAAAUUCUUCAGUGAUGUUCGGGAAUCAGAAGUUUAUCUGAAAAAUCUCCAGGAGUCAAUUAAAAGGAAAUAUUCAUCUGACCGCAAUACUAGUAUGAACCGAUUGGAAGACAUGCUGCAGGACUCCAUGGAAGAGAAGGAACAGCUCAUCCAAUCCAGAAGUACAGUGGCUAGCUUGGUAGGGAGAUCCAGGAACAUUGUACAGCUUAAGCCCAGAAAUCCAGAAUAUAGUCUAAGUGGAACACUGCCCAUCAGAGCGAUAUGUGAUUACCGGCAAAUUGAGAUGACUAUAUGUACAAAUGAAGAAUGUGUACUUGAAGAUAACUCUCAUAGAACAAAGUGGAAAGUGAUAAGCACAACUGGAAAUGAGGCGAUGGUACCGUCAGUGUGCUUUCUCAUCCCUCCACCUAAUAAAGAAGCAAUAGAUAUGGCUGUCAGGGUGGAACAGCUUUACCAGAAAGUGAUGGCGCUUUGGCAUCAGUUACACGUAAAUACUAAGAGUUUGAUUUCUUGGCAUUUCCUACGCAAAGAUGUUGACAUAGUACAAGGAUGGAACAUGGACAAGCUUAGGGUUAUGCCUCUGGCAGAACGUCUGCAGACUCUGUCCAGUCUCGAAUCACACCUGGAUGAUUUCUUGGAAGAUAGCAAAGACUCACAGAUAUUCUCAUCUACUGAUCGCCUCAACAUGGAGCAAGAAGUAGAGACCUGUAAAGAGCAAUGCAGGAAGCUGGUGAACCUAAUUGAGGCUGAAGAUAAAGAUGAGUCUUUAGCACAAACUUAUUUAUCUGAACUUCACAACAUUCGUCUGCACUUGGAAGAAUGUGAACAGAGGCUAGUGAGGAGGUUACAGAGUCCUUCAGGCUUUGAUGGAGAAGCUGUACAUGAAAAUGCCAUCAGGAUAUCUGAACAAGAGAGAAUGCAGGAGGAACUAAAGAGAUUAAAAUCAGAACUGUCAAUGGUAUCAGAGCGCUGUGACCAUUUCUUGCAUAUGUCUCCAUCUGGCUCCAGUACUCCAAAUGUUCGCUCACAGCUGGACCUCUUAGUUGGGAAGAUGGAUCAGGUCUAUGGCUUGUCGUCUGUAUUUUUGGAAAAACUGAAGACAGUAGAUGUGGUUAUACGGAGUCUACAGGGUGCAGAAGCCGUCGUUAAAGGAUUUGAAACCCGGCUUAGUCAGGAGGAUACUAUUGCUGCAGAUCCAGUUGCUAUUCAGUGUCAACAGGACUUAUUACAGCAAUGGCUGAAUGAAGCAAUAGAGAAAGGCAAUGUGAUUUCUGCACUGGAGGAGGAUGUCGCAAAAUCAAAGGAAGUAAGAGACCGCUUAAAUCGGAGGACUCAAGAACGCAGUCUUGAUGUAGAGCAAUAUCAAGAGAAGACGACCAAGCUUCGGGAGCGGUGGAGUGGUGUGCACACUCAACUGGAAACACGGCAAUCCGAAUUGGCCACAAUAAGAGAAGUAUUAAAAUGCUACAGAGGGCACCAUGAUGGUUUAAUCCAGUGGAUAGAGGCAACAAAGUCACAGCAGGAAAUGAUGAAACCUGGACAGUCAGAAGACAGGAAAGUCUUGUCCGAGCAGCUCAAUGAACAAACGGCACUGGUGGCUGAAAUAGAGCGGAAUCAGCCUCGUCUAGAUGAAUGUCAGGCCCUUUCCCAGCAGUACUCUGUGUCUGUGAAGGAUUAUGAACUGCAGUUGAUGACAUACAAGGCCUUUGUAGAUUCGCAGCAGAAGUCACCACUAAAGCGAAGAAGAAUGCCUUCUACAUCAGAUGUUAUAACACAAGAGUUUAUGGAUCUCCGCACUCGUUACACUGCUUUGGUGACUUUAACUACACAGCAUGUCAAGUACAUCAGUGAUGCCCUACGGAGACUUGAAGAAGAAGAGAAAGUCCUUGAAGAAGAGAAAGAAAAGCAUGUUGAGGAUCUGAAACAACUGUCUAGUUGGGUUUCUAGCCUGUCCCAUAUGGUGUCAUCGCGUGGAGGGAACAGUGCUGAUCUGAAAAAGUCAAUUUCCGAGAAAAAGGCACUAAGUGAAGAGCUUCUUUCAAAGAAAGAUGAAGUUUCUGAAGCUAUUAAGUCUAUGCAGAUCUUCCUGGCCAAGAACAGUGAUAAGUUGUCCCCUGAGGAGAAAGUGGAGAUCUCCUCUCAGAUCCAGGAGCUGAAGGACACCUAUAAUAAACUCUGUGAAGAGUCUGAUAACCAGAUACAAGUGCUUCAUACUGAGCUUGCUCGGGAGGCCGAACAAAAGACUCUUCAGGAGCAGCAGGUGGUUUGUGCCCAGGAGCUGGAAGGCUUGAGCUCUUGGACUGAAGAAAUAGAAAAAGCUGUGAAUGAUCACCAGACUGGUGCCAGCACGCAGGACCUCUCUAGUCUGCAGGAUCAGUACCAGAGCAUGCAGAACCUCCAUAAGGAUGUUCAAGCCAGAGCUAAGCAGUUUUCACGAGCCAUCAAAACAGCUGAGAACUUCCUUGAACAGAAUAGAAAAAAAAUGAAUCCAGAAGAACUGGAGGCCUUCCAAAGAAAGUUGCAGAAGGCUAAGGAACAGUACCAGUCUGUGCUUCAAAGAACAGGGGAGACCGAGAAACAGUUAGAGUCUGCAGUGAGCACUGCCGUUUUAGAGGAAACCAAAAAGUCUAAAACCGCUGAGGAGCUGAAGGAAAACCUAGGAAAGAUUGAGUCACUCCUGUGUCAGGUCCUUCCAUCUCUCCCAAAUAAAAGCAAUCAGCAGAAAGUCAGUGUUACUGAUGGGAAAGAUCCUGGGAAGAAGCUGCAGUCAUCUGCAUGUUCUCCUGAAGAUGCUGCUGACAUAAUCAAUGAAUUGUAUGAGAGAAAAAAGACACAGCAUCAAGAAAUGUUAGCCAAACAGCAAAAUUUCAUCUUGACCAUACAGUCAGCACAAGAUUUCUUAGACAAACAUGGUAGUACGUUAUCCCCUGAAGAGAGAGAGCGGUUGCAGAACCAGCUGGCACGUUUGAAGGAGGAGUACGCUACCUCGUUGUCUCAAUCUCAGUUACAACUGAAGCAUUCACAAAGCCUGCGUGAUGACCUGCAAAACUUCAUUCAUGACUGUGGAGAGUUUGAGAACUGGGUUCACCAGAGUGAAAAAGAAUUGGAUAACAUGCAGAACGGGCAUGCAGACUUUACAGCGUUACAUGACUUACUGCAGCGACAAGGCGAUUUUUCUGAAGAUGUGAUUUCACAUAAAGGAGAUCUGCGAUAUAUUACCAUUGCUGGUCAGAAAGUCAUUGAUGCAGAAAAAGCAGCUUCUGAACAGUGCGAUGAAGGGUUGGAAGUGCAAGUGGCUGGAGCUUUGGUGAAAAAUAAACUUGAAGAUGCUUCCAAAAGAUACAGUGCCUUGCAUUCAAAGUGCUCCAAGCUGGGAACUCACUUAAAUAGUUUAUUGAACGGGUACCAGCAGUUCCAGGAGGGCUCAGAGGCCGCGGUGAGUUGGCUGCAGAAGGCUGAACUAGCUGUGGAAAGGUUACUUUCUGAACCAGCAGCAUCAGAUACAGUCGCUCUGCAGUCUCAGCUGGAGAAAGCAAAGAGUAUGCAGUGUGAAAUUGCAGAGCAUCAAGUACACGUGGAAAAAGUUCAUAAGACAGUCCGUGGCCUCCAAGAAAUCAAAGGAGAUCCACUGCCAGACUGCACGAAGAUCCAGGCAACAGCUGAUUCCAUUGAAAGUCGAUACCAGAGUCUUUCCAGCAACAUGGCUGCUCACUCAGAUUUACUGCAGAAGUCAGUAGCUCAGACGCAGAGUGUGCAAGACGGCCUGGAACACCUCUUGCACUGGCUAGAAGGAAUGGAAAAGACCCUAGAGGGACAAAGCCAUGCAUCCAUGUCUUCUGUAUCGAUUCAGGAAGCUCUUGCUCAGAACAUGAAAUUAAGACAGGACAUUGGAAGUAGAAGAGGGAGCCUGGAUGCCACUGGUGAAAUGGUGGUGAAGUUCAUGGAGACGGCAGACAAGACAGCAGCCGCAAACCUUCAGAACAAGCUCUCUGAAGUCACGGCACGGUUUGACAAAGUGUGUCAGCAGCAGAUCCUACAAGAGACUGCUCUAAAAGAGGUCUUGCCAAAAGUGGAAAGAUAUGAGCAGAUCUCAGAAGCAUUGCAAGACUUUAAAGAAACAAGGUCACAAUUGCUGGCAUCAGGAAACCAGCCAGAUAGAGACAUUGCUCAGUUUUCAGAGCAAAUUCAGGAGUUGAAUAUAGAAAUAAAGCAACAGGGAGAGCAACUGGAUACACUUGAACAUCUAGUGAAGGAUUUGAGCACCUGCCCUUUGCUUCUCGAUACCUCGGAGCACUUGCAGAAGGUUUACUCCCUGAAGAAGGCUUUUCAGGAUCUACAGGAGGCAGCAAAAGACAGACAACGUGAAGCGUUGUCUUGCCAGGAAGAAUUGGAGGAGUUCAAGAGGCUGGUUGGGAAUAUGAGGAAGUGGCUGAAGGAUAGUGAAGACAGUGUUCCAUCAUGUGAAGGUUCACAUGGAUCGCUUGAAUUACAGAUCUUCCUACAGCAAGUCGAGGACCUCUUAAAAGAGUGGAAAAUGAAAGGUCCCCAAGUGGAAGUUAUUGCUCAAAAAGGAUCUGAAUUGGAGAACAGAAUAAUGGAGAUAACAGCUUCAGAAAGCCAACUGCAAAGAGGUUCUGUUCUGAUGGCUUCAGUGAGCACAGUAGGGAAUGUUAAUGGAUAUCAUACUUGCCAAGAUUUGACCGGGAUCCAGUGUGAUGUCUCUGAGAUUAGUCAGGCAUAUGAAGAUCUUGGAGAGGUACUGAAUAACCACGAGGAGCAAUUAUCUUCCAUGUUGGAAAAGAUGACGAAGGUUCAACAAGAAACAAAUCAGAUGCUGAAGUGGUUGGAGUCUAAAGAAAGAGUCCUAACUGCUGUCAAUGUCUCUCCAACAAAGAGUGAAGCUGUUAGAGCACAAGCAGAACAGAACAAGGAAUUCAUAUCUGAACUCGAGAAGAGUUCUGAAAAAGUGGAAAAGUUGAAAGCUGAAUUGAAAGAUUUGCUGGAGAAGCAUCCCAACUCCCCUGAGGCCGAAACCUGGAGGCAAAUGCUGGAAAACCUUAAUGAACAGUGGGAUCGAGCAAAUCAAGUGACCUCUGAGCGACAGCAAAAACUGGAGGAGUCUGCCAACCAACUGGCUAUCUUCCAAGCUGCGGGCUCCCAGCUACGGCCUUGGUUGACAGAGAAGGAGCUGAUGAUGAGUGUUUUGGGGCCUCUUUCAAUUGAUCCCAAUAUGUUGAGCGCACAGAAACAGCAGGUUCAGUUUAUGUUAAAGGAAUUUGAAGCUCGCAAAGCCCAGUAUGAAGAGCUAAAGCAUGCAGCCUAUGGUAUCCUAACAGGACCUGGAGAUGAAUCUCCAUCCACCAGCCAGGUUGAAGAUGAUUUCCAUGAAAUCAGUCAAAAGUGGACAGAGUUAACCAACCGUCUGAAUUCCAGAGCUGACCAUAUUGACCAAGCUGCUGUGAAGAGUUCUCAUUACCAAGAGGUCCUACAAGGUCUUACAAACAAGAUGAAACAGACUGGCAAGAAGCUUGGUGCACAGCCAGCAGUUAGCAGUCAACCUGACGCAGUAAAGCAACAGUUGCAAGAAACUAGCGGAAUUCGAUCAGAACUGGAGGCCCUUGCUCAGGAAGUCACAGAAGCUCAGGUCUUAUGCAGUGAAUUGUCCGAACUUGUGGCAGAACCAUACCUCAAAGAUGAACUUCAAAAGCGGCUUGACACUGUCGCCCUUCCUCUUAAAGGGAUGGAAGAUUUGGCAGCGGAUCGUGUAAAUCGGCUGCAGACAGCUCUUGCUAGUUCUCAGCAGUUUCAGCAGAUGUUUGAUGAGUUGAGAAACUGGUUGGAUGAAAAGCAGACCCAGCAGUCCCAAAGUCAACCAAUAUCAUGCAAACUGGAAAAGUUACAAUCUCUACAUCAGGACCAGGAGGAAUUCCAGAAAACAUUGAACCAGAAUAGUGGGUCUUAUGAAAUGAUCGUUGCUGAGGGUGAGUCUUUGCUUCUGUCCUCUCAGCCUGGCGAAGAAAAAACUGCACUUCAAAAUCAGUUAGGAUGUCUGAAAUCAAACUGGGAGGAGUUAGGGAAGAAGACAUCAGAAAGACUUGGCAAAAUGAAAGAUUGUUUGCAUAAAGCCCAGAAGUACAAAAGACAUGUUGAAGAUCUUGUGCCUUGCUUAGAUGACUGUGAGAACCAACUUAAAGAAAUGCAGGUCACUCUUGACCCCAUGCAACUUGAUGCCCAGCUUAUAAGAGCAAAGGUUCUACAAAGUGAAAUAGACAAGAAACAUUCUCUGUUGGAGAUGAUGAACACCACAGCUGAUCUCCUUACUGAAGCUGCUGAAGUUGAUGACCAAGAAAUUUUAGAGGAGAAAGCCGAACUGAAUCAGAGGAUGGACAGUGUCACGGAACAGCUCCACGACAAGGCAGGGUCUAUUGAAGAGAUGUCCUUGAGGCUCAAAGAACUUAAUGAUAGUUUUAAAAAUAUUGAUAAGAAGCUGGAAGGAGCAAAACAUCACUUGGCGAUCUAUGCAGCACUUGGUUCUCAAGCUUGUAGCAGUAAGAACUUAGAAAACAUGAAGUCCCAGCAGGAAAUGCUCCAGAACUUGGACACACAAGUUCAGUACUUGAAAAACAUUAUCCAAGGUUUGACUGAAGAUGCACCAAAAGGUUCUGAUGUCUCUUGUCUCCUGCGCCAGGCAGAAGAUGUACAACAUGACUUUGAGACCAUAAAACAAGAGGUGAAUGAGUGUUGCUUAAAUAUGGAACAAAAACUUCAAGGAAUUGGUCAAUUUCAUGCUCAUGUUAGAGAAAUAUUCUCAAAUCUGACUGAUCUAGAUGAUGAGCUUGAUAACAUGGGCCCAGUGGGGCGAGAUGUAGACAGCCUGAGGUCACAAACUGAAGUCAUCGAGAAGUUUUUAGAAACUGUACAAGCCCUAAAAUCCGAUGUAGAGUUCUCAGAAAAGAAAUGCAGGGUUAUGUUAGAGAACGAGGGAGGACCUGAUCUUAUUGCAUUAAUGCGAGAACUUGGCACGUUGAAUAAGCAGUGUAUUAAACUGACUGAAAGGGGCAAAAAUCGACAGGAGCAAUUGAAGGCCACACUGGGAAGAAUUGAGGACUUCAACGUGAAACUAAAAGAGCUGAAGCACCAGAUUUUGACGGCAGAGGGCAGCAGUGCAUUGCAGGAGGUGGUUGGGACUGAAGUGGAAGCUAUUAAGCAGCAAUUAAAAGAUUUUAAGGUUUUUCAGAAGGAACAGGUAGACUCUGUGCAGGCCAAGCUUCAGCAAGUAAAUGGCCUUGGCCAGGGUCUGAUUCAGAGCGCAGACAAGAACUGUGACGUGCACGGACUAGAACAUGACACGGAGGAGCUGAACGCCAGGUGGAACACACUCAACAAAAAGGUGGCAGAGCGAGUGACCCAGCUACAGGAGGCCCUGCUGCAUUGUGGGAAGUUCCAGGAUGCUUUGGAACCGUUGCUCAGCUGGCUCACCGACACAGAAGACCUGAUUGCAAACCAAAAGCCGCCCUCUGCUGAAUACAAGGUGGUGAAGGCUCAAAUUCAGGAGCAAAAGCUCCUGCAGCAUCUCCUGGAUGACCGUAGAUCAACUGUGGACAUGAUUCAAGCUGAAGGUACAAGAAUCGCAGAUGGUGCUGAUCCUGCAGAUGGGGACAAGAUAAACCGCCAGUUGGAGACCCUCAAGGAGAGAUGGUCAUCUCUGCUGCAGAAGGCACAGUCAAGGCAGAAACAACUUGAUGAUAUAUUAGUUUUAGCCAAGCAGUUUCAUGAAACAACUGAGCCCAUAUUUGACUGGCUCUCAGCCACCGAAAAGAAGUUGGCAAACUCUGAGCCAAUUGGAACUCAGACUGGGAAAAUUCAGCAACAGAUCCUACGCCACAAGAGUCUAGAAGAUGAUGUAACAGUCCGUGAGACUGAUGUUUGUCAAGCCGGCAGGCUAGUCGACAGUCUUUCUGCCCUGUGCUCUGCAACAGAACGUUAUAGGUUGGCACAGAAACUAGACGACUUGCAUGCUCGGUACACAGAGGUUCAGGAUCUCUGCAGCAGAAAAAGUGCCUUGCUGGGGCAAGCUCUGAGCAAUGCCAGGCUGUUUGGGGAGGACGAAGUGGAAGUCUUGAACUGGAUAGCAGAAGUAGAGGAUAAAUUAAGCUCUGUCUCUGUUAAGGAUUACAAGCUGGAGGUCCUACAGAAUCAACACAAAAACCAAAUGGCCCUAAGUGAAGAAAUAACCAGUAGAAAGAAAAAUGUGGAUCAAGCUGUUAAAAACGGACAAGCUCUGUUGAAGCAGACAACAGGUGAGGAGGUCCUGCUGAUCCAGGAGAAGCUGGAUGGCAUCAAGACACGGUACACAGAGAUCACAGCAUCCAGUGGGAAGGCUCUCAGAACAUUGGAGCAGGCCUUACAACUAGCCAGCAAAUUCCAGACUACCCAUGAUGAAUUGACCAGCUGGCUAGGAAGGGUUGAAGAAGAACUUGCUCGAUCAAGUGGCCAGUCACCUGCAGGAGAUCAGAUUCCUCAAUUCCAACAGAGACAAAAGGAAUUAAAGAAGGAGGCCAUGGAGUACCGCAUAGUCCUUGAUACCAUUAACGAGGUGGGCAGUGCCCUUCUGGAACUUGUGCCUUGGAGAGCCCGCGAGGGUCUAGACAAGCUAGUCUCGGAUGCCAAUGAGCAAUAUAGAUCAAUCAGUGCUACUAUUGGACACAGGGUUGAUCAGAUAGAUGCUGCCAUUCAAAGAUCACAGCAGUACGAGCAAGCUGCUGACGCUGAGUUAGCCUGGGUGGCUGAGACCAGGAGAAAACUGUUGGCACUCGGUCCAGUCUGUCUGGAGCAGGAUCAGACUACAGCUCAGCUCCAGGUGCAGAAGGCUUUCUCUGUAGACAUUAUCCGCCAUAAAGAUUCUAUUGAUGAGCUGAUUGGCACGCAGGAAGAGAUUCUGGGUACAUGUGGAGAUGGACAAAAGGCCACUUUACAAGAGAAAACAAAAUUAUUGCUGCAGCAGUAUGAGGAUGUCAGCCACAUAAACUCUGAGCGGUCAGCCCGUCUGGAACGUGCUCAGGUUCUUGUGGGUCAGUUCUGGGAAACUUAUGAGGAGUUGAACCCAUGGAUUGAAGAAAUGAAGGCCACCAUAUCCCAGCUGCCACCUCCUGCUGUCGAUCACGACAUGCUUAAACAGCAGCAAGAAGAAAUACGGCAACUAAGAGAAUCCGUUUCCGAACACAAACCUCACAUUGACAAGCUUCUGAAGAUUGGUCCACACUUAUGUGAACUGAAUCCCGAGGAAGGGGCGGCCGUGCAGGAAAAGUACAAUAAAGCAGAAGAGCUCUAUCUUGGAAUUAAGGAAGAUGUUCGCAACAUGGCUAUGGCAUUGGAUGAUGCACUGGCACAAGCUGCUCAGAUUGUGGAGUUCCAUGACAAGGUGGGACCUAUGUUGGAGACACUCGAGAGCAUGGCGUCUCGCCUACAUAUGUCUCCUCCCAUACCUGCAGAAGUGGAAAAGAUCCGGGAUUGUAUCAGUGACAACAAGAACACACUUAUGGAACUUGAAAAAUUACUGUCUUCCUUUGAGGCCUUGAAACAUCGUGGGGAAGAGCUACUCAGUCGCUCACAAGGUGCAGACAUGGAUCCAGCGGCGAAAGAAAUUCAAGAUAAGCUGGAUCGGCUUACAUUCUUCUGGGAAGAUAUCAAAACCAAAGCAGACGAGCGUGAAAUGAAAUUGUUGGAUGUUCUUGAGCUGGCGGAGAAGUUUUGGUUGGACAUGAAUUCACUGCUAACCACUAUUAAAGACACACAUGAGAUUGUCCAUGAUCUGGAGAGUCCUGGAAUUGACCCGUCAAUGAUUAAACAGCAGAUUGAGGCUGCAGAUUCCAUUAAGGAGGAGACUGAUGGACUUCACGAAGAACUGGAGUUUAUUAGGAUCCUUGGAGCUGACCUCAUAUUUGCUUGUGGAGAGACAGAAAAACCAGAAGUAAAGAAAAGCAUUGAUGAGAUGAAUUCAGCCUGGGAAAAUCUGAAGAAAACUUGGACAGAACGUCUGGAGAAACUCAGAGAUGCAAUGUCCCAUGCUGUGCAGUAUCAAGACACCUUGCAGGCAAUGUUUGACUGGUUGGAUAAUGCUGUGAUUAAACUCUGUGACAUGCCUCCUGUUGGGACAGAUACCAAUACAGUGAAGGAGCAGAUCAAUGAAAUGAAGGAGUUUAAGGUGGAGGUUUACCAGCAGCAAAUUGAAAUGGAGAAAUUAAAUCAUCAAGGAGAGCUGAUGUUGAAGAAAGCCAUUGAUGACACAGAUCGAGACAUCAUUCGGGGACCACUCACUGAACUGAAGCAUUUAUGGGAGAAUCUUGGAGAGAAAAUUACCCACAGACAGCACAAAUUGGAAGCUGCCCUGCUGGCCCUUGGACAAUUCCAGCAUGCUUUAGCAGAGGUAAUGUCAUGGCUGACACACACAGAAGAGUUGCUAGAGGCCCAGAAACCCAUCAGUGGGGACCCUAAAGUUAUUGAGGUGGAGCUUGCAAAGCAUCAUGUACUGAAAAAUGAUGUGCUAGCUCAUGAGAGUACAGUGCAAACUGUCAACAAGGCUGGAAAUGAACUGCUGGAGUCCAGUGCCAGAGAUGACGCCAACAGCCUUAGAAGUCGGCUGCAGACGCUGAACCAGUCAUGGGAGUUUGUACUGCAGAGGACCGAGGAGAGAGAGCAGCAGCUCGACAUGGCUCUUCAGCAGGCUCAAGGCUACUCUGGUGAGAUUGAAGAUUUCAUCCAGUGGCAGAGCAGAAUAGAAGGACAACUUUCAGCCGCCAAACCCACUGGUGGACUUCCAGAGACAGCGCGUGAGCAACUUCAGACUCAUAUGGAAUUGUAUGCUGAAGUGAAGGCAAAUGAAGAGCUAUAUAAACAGCUUUUGGACAAGGGGCAGCUGAUGAUUUUGAGCCGAGAUGAUUCUGCAGGCUCUGCCACAGAGCAGAAUGUUGCCCUUCUGAAGAGAAAAUGGCAGAACAUUAACAACAAAGUAGAGGAGAGGAAGACAAAAUUGGAAGAAGCUCUCGGCCUAGCCACAGACUUCCAGAAUUCAUUGCAAGACUUUAUCAACUGGUUGACCCAAGCUGAGCAAAGCCUGAACAUUGCACCACCUCCUAGUCUCAUCCUGGACACUGUCCUUUUUCAGAUUGACGAGCAUAAGGUUUUUGUAAAUGAGGUUAAUGAACAUCGUGAGCAAAUAAUUGAGCUGGACAAAACCGGUAACCAGCUAAAGUUCCUCAGUCAGAAGCAGGAUGUUGUCCUGAUCAAGAAUCUACUGCUGAGUGUCCAGUCUAGAUGGGAAAAGGUGGUUCAGAGAUCUGUGGAGAGAGGCCGUCACUUGGACGACGCACGGAAGAGAGCAAAACAGUUCCAUGAAGCCUGGAAGAAAUUGGUAGACUGGUUGGAAGAAGCAGAGAACCACCUGGAUUCAGAAAUGGAAAUCUCCAAUGAUCCAGACAAGAUUAAAUUACAGCUUUCUAAGCACAAGGAAUUCCAGAAGACAUUAGGUAGUAAACAGCCAGUGUAUGACACGACUGUCAGGACCGGACGUGCUUUAAAAGAAAAGGCCUCACUAAAUGAUGAUGUGCAGAAGCUAGACCAUCUUCUUGGAGAAGUGAGGGAUAAAUGGGAUACAGUGUGUGGAAAAUCAGUUGAAAGACAGCAUAAGCUGGAAGAAGCCUUGCUGUUCUCUGGCCAGUUUAUGGAUGCUUUACAGGCACUGGUUGAUUGGCUAUACAAGGUGGAACCUCAGUUGGCAGAAGAUCAGCCCGUCCAUGGAGAUCUGGAUCUUGUAAUGAACUUGAUGGAUGCCCAUAAAGUUUUUCAGAAAGAGCUUGGGAAGAGAACCAGCAGCGUUCAAGCUGUAAAACGUUCUGCCCGGGAACUGCUGGAUAGUAGUAGAGAGGAUACCACCUGGGUGAAGGUUCAACUUCAGGAACUUAGCACACGUUGGGACACUGUCUGUAAACUGUCAGUGUCUAAGCAGACCCGUCUGGAGCAAGCUCUGAAACAGGCUGAGGAGUUCCGUAGCACCGUCCAUAUGCUGUUAGAGUGGCUGUCAGAGGCAGAACAGACCUUGCGUUUUCGGGGUGCUCUUCCUGAUGAUGCCGAGGCUUUGCAGUCGCUCAUUGAUGUUCACAAGGAAUUUAUGAAUAAAGUUGAAGAGAAGCAGGUAGAUGUGAACACAGCCGUCAGUAUGGGAGAGAGGAUUCUAACUAUGUGCCACCCAGACUGUAUCACCACAGUCAAGCACUGGAUCACUAUCAUCCGAGCUCGAUUCGAGGAGGUUUUGACUUGGGGGAAUCAACACCAGCAGAGGUUGCAAACCGCUCUUGCUGAACUUCUUGCCAAUUCUGACCUUCUAGAUGAGUUGUUAUCUUGGAUCCAAUGGGCUGAAACCACACUCAUCCAAAGGGAUCAGGAGCCUAUGCCUCAAAACAUUGAUCAAGUCAAAGCCCUAAUCUCUGAGCAUCAGAUGUUCAUGGAGGAAAUGACUCAGAAGCAACCAGAUGUGGAUAGAGUGACAAAGACAUACAAGAGGAAAACCGAUCCUAACCAUGCCUCAUUCAGUGACAAGACCCGAAACAGGAAACCUGCAGUGCAGUCCACCCCACCAGUCUUUCAGAUGCCCUCCCAGUCGGAGAACAAGAACCCUAGAGUCAAUCAGCUGUCUGCCCGUUGGCAGCAGGUGUGGUUAUUAGCAUUGGAGAGACAGCGAAAGCUCAAUGAUUCUUUAGACAGGUUGGAAGAGUUAAAAGAAUUUGCCAACUUUGACUUUGACAUCUGGAGGAAGAAAUACAUGCGGUGGAUGAAUCACAAGAAAUCGCGGGUCAUGGAUUUCUUCCGCAGGAUAGACAAAGACCAGGAUGGGAAAAUUACCAGACAAGAAUUUAUUGAUGGGAUAUUGGCAUCCAAAUUUCCAACCACAAAACUAGAAAUGACAGCUGUGGCUGAUAUCUUUGAUGGUGAUGGUGAUGGAUACAUCGAUUACUAUGAGUUUGUAGCCGCCCUUCAUCCCAAUAAAGAUGCUUAUCGGCCGACUACUGAUGCAGAUAAGAUUGAGGAUGAAGUCACCAGGCAGGUGGCACAAUGUAAAUGUGCAAAGCGAUUCCAGGUGGAACAGAUCGGAGAGAACAAAUACAGGUUCUUCCUAGGGAACCAGUUUGGAGACUCUCAACAGUUGCGCUUAGUGCGUAUACUGCGCAGCACAGUGAUGGUUCGAGUUGGAGGCGGCUGGAUGGCUCUAGAUGAAUUUUUGGUGAAAAACGAUCCUUGCCGAGUUCAUCAUCCAGGAAUUAAAUUAAAGAGAACCGAUUCCGUCUCAUCCAUAGGCUUUGCAAGGGGAAGAACUAAUCUCGAGCUGCGAGAGAAGUUUAUACUACCCGAAGGGGUUUCCCAGGGAAUGACUCCCUUCAGGUCACGAGGGCGAAGGUCAAAACCGUCUUCCAGGACUGCCUCUCCUACUAGGUCCAGCUCCAGUGCCAGCCAGAGUAACCAUAGCUGUACCUCUGUUCCAUCCUCACCCGCUACCCCUGCAAGUGGUUCAAAGACUCCACAGCAGCCAUCUCGCUGUUACGAAAAGCCCUGGCUUGUAAACAGCAAGACUGGCACGCCCUCUAGGGGUUUCGAAUACUCAGACUUCCAGAUCCCAUCGUGUGAGGUAACACCAGCACAAAGCAGCAAAAUGAAGAAAGCUGCGAUCCAUACAAGCCGUUCAUCCCUCACAGGAGACAUGUCUGGAACCACGCCUUCUGGUGCCAAAUCAAGUCGACCUGAUCCUAAGAAAAGUGGCAGCCGUGCCGGGAGCCGUACAGGAAGCCGUGCCAGCAGCCGCAGAGGGAGUGAUGCCUCCGACUUUGAUCUUCUAGAGACACAGUCCGCUUGUUCCGACAACUCAGAGAGUAGCGCUGCUGGUGGUCCAUCCCGCAGAGGACUGUCUAAACCUUCUAAAAUCCCCACCAUGUCAAAGAAAACUGCCAGCACUCCUAAAACAUCAGCCACCAAGAGAUAGUCCUAACUGAAGCUACGCUCUGGAACACGUGCAGAUAGCCUAUAAAUGGGACAGGCCGUGACAUUUUCUAUCAUACACUGUACAUCUGGAUGUACGUGGAUUCUCUGUGGAGAGAUUUCUAGCGUCUAUACAUGUAUACAAGAAUAAUGUUUAUAACUGCCUUAUCUGUUUUGUUUUUGUAUGUUACUACUUCCAUGUGAAUAUUUCUGUAGAUACAAAGCCUUGAGUGAAUUCCUGGUAAGAUUCAGGGACUCUCGGAGUGUAAAACAGGAGAGUAGACGGCUAGUGAUCAGAUUUUUGUGGGUUAUGAGACCCUUUUUGUUAGGGUUAAUAUCCCAUGGCUACACUACUAAACUUUACUAUGGAAAUCCUCUGUUUUGUAUAUGAACUAUUCUUUAUUAAAUUGCAGAGGAUCAGAGACUGACACGAGAUUUUAAUAAGAUUUAGUCUUUCUGAAUUGACAGCACUUGCACAUCUUGCUUUGACCAUGUAAUAAAGAUAUCAAGUCUCUUGCCGAUGAAAUGGACACUGUGGGAGCUACCACCACGCGUGACAAUAAAUUCCAAAAUCCUGGUGCAGCAUAGAUUAGCGUAUGCUUCUCCUCAGCCAUUUUGCACUCCUGCCAGAUUCAGCGGAUUUUCUAAUUGUAAACUCCAUAUGUUUUAUUUAUCUGCUUAGGAAUUUUCUUAUUUAUUAUUUAAUGCUCAUUCCACGUAGAAUUUGUGUGACAUGUUCAUUUUUUGUAAGAAACACUCACAGUUGUGCGUCCGACGAGUGGGACUCACCAGCACAAUUCCUUCCUCACGUUUGUAUGCUGGCUUCCUCUAACAGACCAACCCUGUGGGGUGGAAGGUUUGGGGCUCGGAUGGAUCCCUCCUGUUAUCGGUCAUUACAUCCAGUUCUUACCAGGCUGCUGUGUGAUUUUCUCAGUUAGUUUGCUACAGAAAUUGAUGCUGUACCAAUGAACUGUUAAACAACAACACUUUUGUAUUAAAAUUGCUUGCAGUAACAACUUA